AUGGUAAUCAACGUCAAAGAUAUCGGAUGGCUCACCCUGUUCGGGGACCCCGGUCACGGUGCACAUGCCUCCGGCAUUCGUGGCUUGCUGCGCGGGUUUUCGAAGCGCAGACCAGAAAGCCGACAGGAUACAACUGCGGGAGAGAAGCGAGCGAGGAGAUGGACACUCCCCAAGGAGGGGGAGUGUAAGAGCUGGAGUCUGGAGGAACUCCAGGUAGAGUAUGAGAUUCUACGUCGAAAGUACAAGGAAGCCGACCAGCUCUAUCUGGACAAGGCCAAAAUCACCGAGAGGAAGGUGACAGUGCACUCUGAGAACGUGGCGAACCAGUGCCGCGAAUGGGUGCACGACUGCAAGAAGACCUUGCAGUCUCUGGAGGGUGAUCUCAAACUGGUCAUCAACAAGAAAGGUGUUAAGGCAGUUAUUACACAUGCCUGUAAGCAUCCGACACAGGACAAUGUGAAUCUGGCAACGAAGGAGAUCCAUGACGCCGACAAGCGUAUUAGGGCACGAUGCAGGAAUAUUGGGACAUCUGUCAAAAAAAUGACAGAAGACUUAGGUAAACUUAGGAUAAUUCUAUGA